GCCAUGUCCUGCUACGAGCGAUGUCCCCCCGUGUCCUGCGGCCCCACCCCGCUGGCCAACAGCUGCAACGAGCCCUGUGUCCGGCAGUGCCAGGACUCCACCGUGGUCAUCCAGCCCUCGCCCGUGGUGGUCACCCUGCCCGGGCCCAUCCUCAGCUCCUUCCCCCAGAACACCACCGUGGGAUCCUCGGCCUCUGCCGCUGUCGGGAGCGUUCUGAGCGCCGGGGGGGUCCCCAUCAGCUCUGGCAGCUCCUUGGGUUUGGGGGGUUUGGGCUACCCCGGGCUGGGCAGUGGCUACAGCCGGCCCUACCGGCGCUACAACCCCUCCCGUGGAGGCUUCUACGGGCCCUGCUAAGGCCGAGGGGAAAGCAGAGGAGGGAGGCUGAGCCCCGACCCUUCCCUGCAGCAGGACUGAGCCCACCGUGUCCAGAACCACGUCAGAUCCCCCCACAGCUCCAUCUGGACAGGGUCAGCUGGCCCCUGGAGCGAGGCCUCCACUCCUGUUUCACGCCCGUGCGUUUCUGACGCGGUUUUGUUGCUCUGCUGCUCGGUGUAUUUGGUACUUGCCAGUGUAAAAUUUCUGAUUUAGAAGGUGGGACGUGGUUCUCAGGGUGGGAGAAGAGCUCUGCCUGUGGAACACGUCCCCCUGAGCUGAGC